UCUAUAGCCUAUAGGCCUAACGACACGUUAGACCCUAAUUAAUACUAUUAGAUCUUACUUAAAAUUAGAGAAAAAUAUAGUGUGAAUGAAAGUAACUUUUUAUGAAUACAAUCCUGACUGAAAUAGACUGUUUUUUCCGUCUGGCUAUGCGUUUUGAAUUGGGCCGGUAAAUAGGUGGAGUUGUGACAUCUGCGCGACACUUUUGGGUACAUUCCUUUAAUUUUCUCAGCUGAUAUACAAGCUAUGAUGUUGUAUUUGGUAUCAAAAUAAAGCUUAUGAUGAGAGUAAUACAGUCAUACCAAACACAUAAAUGAAAAUAAUGUUCUUUCCCUCUAAAUUAGUGUUUAAAAGACUUUUUCUUGUGUCUUUGUUGUACAGAUCCAUGUCAAGUUCAGCUUAUCGAAAUAGGAGAAAGGCCCUUCCUCCUUUGCCAAUGCAUAUUGAUGACUUAGUUAUUCGCGAUCAGUGGUCUGAAACAACAACAGAUGAAAGGUUUCUCCUGUUUGACAACACUCAUCCACGUGUAGGAGGAGGGACAUUCAGAAUCAUAUGCUUCUGUGCUGGAGCUGAUCUUAGGCUCCUUUGUGAUACAGACGAAUUGUUCAUGGAUGGUACAUUUUCUGUAGCACCACGGCAUUUUAUGCAGAUCUACACGAUACAUGGGUUUGUGAAUGGCAAGCAGCUGCCCCUUGUGUAUGCACUAUUAACAGGAAAGACAACACAGAUCUACACAAAGUUGUUCCAGACCCUAAAACAGAAGGCUGCUGAGCUUCAACUGGUACUCAAUCCUUUAAGAGUCAUGUCAGACUUUGAAGUAGGGCUCCUGAGAGCAAUCAUGGCUGAAUUCCCACAGGCAGAACACAAAGGAUGUUAUUUCCACUUUUGCCAAGCACUGCACAGGAAGAUCAAGGCAAUAGGCCUUCAGGCCUUGUACAAUGACCCACAGGAUCAAGACACAAGGAUCUUUGUUAGGAAGAUGAUGGCUACUGCCUUCCUCCCUCCUGGGGAAGUGGUUGGUGCUGUUCAAGAACUACGAAGACAGGCACCAGCUGUACCACGCAUUGAUGAAUUCAAUGACUACUUCCAAGAUACAUGGAUUGCUGGCCAUUUUCCUGUAUCUAUGUGGAACGUCCACGGAGUCGAUAGGCGAACAAACAAUGACAUCGAAGGAUGGCACAACGCUUUCAACAGGCUCAUUGCAAAACAUCACCCUAAUAUCUGGGAGCUUAUCAUGGCUCUAAAGAAGCAACAAUCCAUGGUAAGUGCAAUGAGGCUGCAGAUCCAAGCAGGGGAAAACCUAGCAGUGAGACAGAGGAAGUAUGUCAGGCUUAAUCAGAGAUUGCAGAUCCUCACACAACGAUACAUCAAUGCUGAAAUUCCUCAGCAACAGUUCCUGCUAUGUGUAUCAUAUGCAAUCGCUGCUCCUCGGUGAGAUGGAUGUUAUAUCCUCAUUGCCACCUGCAUGGUCUGCAUGACAUGCUGGUAACUGUUGCAUUUUUAAAAGUUGCUGUUACAUAUAUUUUCUUCAUGAUUGCUACAAGAUGGUA